AUGCCUUGGUGGACGGGGCUGUGGCUGAAUGAAGGAUUCACCCAGUUUAUGGAGUUUGACGCGGCUGAUCACUUUUUCCCGCAAUGGAAGUUGCGGGAGACUUUUGUGCAAGAUAUCACGCUCCGAUCGGCCUUUGUGAAGGAUGCGAUGGUGUCGUCACACCCGAUUGAGGUGGUGGUGAAUCAUCCGGAUGAAGCCGAUGAGAUCUUCGAUGUAACGGGCUGA